UGUUGCGCUCUCGCCAAUAGCCGCCAGUCCAGAAAGCGACUUCCCAAGGACCGCAUUCAUCACUGCGAUGGAUUUUAAAGAGUUUGGCGACGAGUCCUCCGAGGGAGCCGCGGAGGAUCUGGACAGCGUGAAAGCACUGACAGAAAAGCUGAAGCUGCAGACUCGCAGACCAUCCUAUCUGGAGUGGCAGGAGCGGGUACAGAGCCGAGCGUGGACGGAGAGAUCAGCGCACGGUCCGUACGCCGGAGGACAAGUCGCUUCCAUACCCGCAACUCAGAGAAAUGACAAUUCAGACGCGGUUGUGCGCAACAUCUGCGGCUUUGACACUAUUGAUGAUGCUUUGGAGUUUCUGAGAAAAGAGCUGAGGGAGAUGCAGGUCCAGGACAACAGCCUGGCCCGUCAGCUGAUCCGCCUGCGCGGGGAGAUCCACCGGCUGAAGGUGGAGCAGGUGUGCGAUCGCCACAAGGAGAUGCUGGACGACGCAACGUACGAGUUGGAGGAGUGCGGCGAGGAGUCGGACCUGCUGUGUGACAUCCCGAUGAAGGCUGCCUUCGCUCUGUCCACCCCGCUCAAACACCUGGGCCUCACCAAGAUGAACAUCAACUCCAGGCGCUUCUCGCUGUGUUAAAACCUCCACCUUUGUUCAUGUUACCGAGGAUGUUCCCUCCGCCUCCUCUGUGUUUGCGUUGGAUAGUUAGUGGGGUUAUUUCCUCCUCUGGAGGUGUUUUGGUGAUAGAGCGAAGAGUGAUUGCCAGUUAUUGGUGCCCUGGGUGGAAAUUAAAAUGACUCCUGUCAUUUGCACCUUGGCUGGAUAUGCAGGAGGAAGCGUCAGUGUGCGGGCCUGCUGGGGCACCACCCUCAAUACCAACACACCUUCCUGAUGAAUGGAGCCUGUGCAGCUCUACUGCUGCCAGCUCUUUGCACAAUGCAGUGUCCAUCAGAGUAGAUGAAGAUAAGAGCUAGACAGAAAUGCAAAGGUAGAUAUGGAAUGAGCAUUACAUGUUCAGUAUCUUAUACCCAUUGAUUUGGUGUCGUAAAAAAGUUUCACAGGUGCCAAAGAAGUACAGAGGAGUCAGAGGGAGAGUAAUGCUGAUUUGUUGAGUGAUUUUCAUAAAAAUAAGACGCUCACUUCAGAGGAAGACAAUGUCUUGAGAGCUUUUCAGACAGGCACACAGGUCAGAUUACUUUACAUCAAUGGUCCCCAACCUAGGGGGUGGGGCUCAGACAAAAUCAGAGAGGCUGUGAGGCGAUCAAGAGGAUAGGACCUGGAAAAAACAAACAAACAGAUUUUCUUAUAGCCUUUUUCAUUCUAGAAAAUGACCAGUUUUAUCUCCUCAGACCCCUUCUGGUUGAACUGGUUGCAUCCAUGAGGGGCUGCAAGCAGACUUGCUUCAUUCUAAGAGGUCACAAGCCUUAACUACUGCUUUACUUUUCUUUUUUUCUUUUUUUCCCUUCUUUGUGGAGUUGACUGAAAAAAAUAAGUAUGGCGUGUCUGAUCCAAGCCUUCAUCAGGUUACUGGCCCCACCAGUAUCCUCAAAGGAAGCGAGAGGUCACACUCCAGCAUUUUUUACACCUCUUCUUCGCAAACCAAAAAUAUCUCCAUAGCUUCAGCACUGCGGUGACAGGACCCAGGAGGGUAUGCCUAAUGCAUUUUAUUUUCCAUUACCAUAUCCAGAUGCUGCGGAGCGCAGAUUUGAAACUAUAUAUGGCUGGGCAGUGACCAAGUGUAUUUUGCAGCUCAGUGGGCAACUUAGGGAAAUUAAAUAGUUUAUUAAAUAGCUUAGUAUUAUUAGUAACAGCAUGUAGGAAGAAUAAAAUAUUUUGUUGAGUGAAAGUCGACAUUGGUUGUAAAUGUGUUAAAUGUAAAAAGACAGAAAUACAGUUAUCAUUAUUGUCAUUCUAUGCAGAUUGAUAAAUCAUGCUACUGUAAUAUGAAUGUAUUCACAUGACAAAUGAGUGUAAAAGCAAAAUGCCUUAAAAUGUAAACUGCAAUUUUCUGUUGCACAUACAACAUAAUAUUAAAAAAACCCUUACC